CGUCACAUCCGCAGUUGAAAAACACCAACAAACCUUCACAGAAUCAAAUCCAUGGAGGAAGAUACUUCCCAAAUAUUUGAAUAUGCCCACUCUGAGUUUAAAAAGCAGAAUUUCAAAAGGGCAGAUGAAUUGUACACGAAGUUUAUCUCUUCCUGCGUACAGUCCAGGGAUUGUGAAGUUAGUAAUUUGGCCACUGCUUACAACAACCGCGGACAAAUUAAGUACUUCCGUGUGGAUUUUCAUGAAGCUAUAGAGGACUACACCUCAGCAAUACAGACUGACAGCCAGUGGGAAACACCUUUCUACAACAGAGGUCUCAUCCACUACAGACUAGGUUUUUUCGACGAUGCCAAGAGUGAUUUCCAGCAAGCAUUGAAGCUCAAUCCAGAUUUUGAGGAUGCAAAACUGAGCCUGCAGCAGACCCUCUUGGACCAGCAGCACAAAAUAAACAGGGGAUACUGACAACCUCAAAUUAUAGAGUACACAUUUUAUACACUGCUCAAAAAAAUAAAGGGAACACUAAAA